AUGUCUGGCUCCUCUACCCCUUCUCAAUUCUGGUCUGCCUCAUCCUCGUCAUCGCAUCAUCCGCAACACCCUUUCAAUGCGUUGUCUCGCGGAGCCACUCCUCCACCACACGGGCCUUACGAUGGCGGGUCAGAUGGCGGCGGGUCAGGCGCAUCCUCCUCUCUGCCUCCCCUGAUUGGAGUGACCAGAUCACGUACCCUCCUCUUCCUCUCCUACCGAGACUCCGUGCCGAGGUCGACAGCUCGCUCGACGACCUCUUUUCCUUCUUUGACCGGCAACGAUGAUCCUUUGGGCGCUCUAGGCGGCAAAGGCAAGGGCAAGGCGAGGCAGACGAGCCUCGAUCGUCUGCGAGGAGGCAAGGGAGGAGCCGGGGGGAAGAAGAGACAGAAGGGCGGAGCGUACUUUGAUGCCUCGGGAGAGCUACACGAGGACGGAGAAGAGGAGGACGAGAGGGACACGGCGGCUCUCCUGAGGCAAUCUCAGCCACUGCGGGAUUCCCACGCCAUUGACAUACCUUCGCUACCGCCCAGGUGGGUGGACGUCUCGGAUGAGGUGGACGGGAUACUCAAUGAGCUGCAGCCAAAGAUCACUCAACUGGAUCGGCUUCACGCAAAGAAUCUGCUACCUGGAUUUGUGGAUCGGACGAAAGAGGAGCGAGAAAUUGAGAUGCUGGGAGGGGAGAUCACUAAGGAGUUCCGCCGCUGCUCAAAGCUUAUUGCCUCUCUUGCAGCCUCCACGCAAACGUUGAUCCGGUCUGGCAAGGCGUCCACUCAUGAGAUAUCGAUGGCACAGAAUGUGCAGACGGCCCUGGCACAGCGUAUCCAGUCCACCUCUGGGCUAUUCCGCAAGAAGCAAAGCAACUACAUGCAGAGGCUGAAGGGUCAAGACGUUAGGCAUCGUGAGGUCCUGGGCGAGCUCGGUCUGAGUCGGCAGGGCAGUAGCCAGGGAGCGUCCGGGGGAUCUGCUGCUCUACGAGACGAGGAGCUUGCGGCGAGAGAGGACCUGGAGAUGUCCAAGGCGCAGCUCCGUGGCGGGGAUCAGCAAGCCCAAACCCAGCUGCUGAUCGAAUCAGAGAACGCUACCGACCAAGAUGCCGAGAUUCAACAGAGGAACAAGGACAUCGACCACAUCGCCACGUCCAUCGUCGAGCUGUCCCAGCUGUUUCAGGAUUUACAGUCCCUCGUCAUCACACAAGGUACUCUCGUCGACCGGAUAGAUUACAACAUCGAGAACAUGGGCCACGACAUCCGCGCUGCUGUGCAGGAGCUGAAUACGGCUAGUGCGACGCAGAAGAGGACGGGAAAGGGACAGUGUAUGCUGUUCCUAAUUCUCCUCUGCGCGCUUUGCAUUGCCGUCAUCAUCAUCAAGCCGUUUUGGCGGCUCUUUGCUGGUAGCAGCAGUGCUACAGGAGGGAAGGCAAGCUGA